AUGUGCAUAUCAGUCUUAUCAACGACACACCCAGACUAUCCUUUUAUCCUCAUCAGCAACCGCGAUGAAUUCGUGAGUAGACCCACGUUACGAGCAGACUGGUGGGAUCUGCCAAAUGCACACGUCUUGGGGGGUCGUGAUCUCCAGCGACAGGAACGUGGCACAUGGCUCGGAAUCACCAAGCAAGGCCGAAUAGCAAUCCUCACCAACUUCCGUGAAGAAGGCGACACAGAGAUCAAUCAAGCCAAAAGCCGGGGUGCCAUCACCAACUCGUACUUGACCAUCCCACCGGGUAGUGGCGAGACAGAGGAGGAUCUUGCAGAGCGGCUGAUGAAGGAUGUUGGCAUCCGUGAUAUGGGCGGCUUUACAAUGCUGUACGGCAAGCUGAGAGCUCCUACUCAGACUGGCGGUAAUAUGCCCGGCGGUAAUAUGCCCGGCCUCGCCAUCAUCUCAAAUCGAACAGAAUCCUCCAUUAAGCUGCGUAGAAUCGCAACCCAACAAGACGAGAUACAUGGUGUCAGCAAUUCCCACUUCGGCGACACGACCUGGCCCAAAGUCGUGCGAGGUGAGGAACUCCUGGACCGUAUCAUUCAGGGCAAUAUAUCCAGCAGCAGUCAGAGCCAAGGUCACUUCGUCGAGGACCUCUUCUCCAUCCUAUGCGUCGAUGACAUCCCCAAACGAAAGAUCGAGGAAGACUGGGACAUGUACGUUCGACAUAUGCGAAGCUCCAUUAUGAUCCCUCCAGCGAAGGGUCAGAUUAUCGAGAAUCGUGCUGCGGAUCAGUUGAGAGUGGGAGACGCCGGCGGCACAGAGACGCCGGAUCACGCGAAAGUGGAGCCCGGACGAAAAGCAUAUGGGACGACAAAGCAGACUGUCAUCCUUGUGGACAAACAGGGAAAGGUUACAUAUGUGGAGCGAACAUUGUUUGACGAGGCUGGGGCACCUUUGACGACAGGAGAUCGAGACGUGAAGCACGAGUUCAUGAUAGAAGGAUGGAAGGGCUCAUGA